CCUUAUAGUUUUGGUGUGCCUCAUCUUCAGUGUCAUGUCUACCAUCGAUGACUACCGCUACUUUGCCAAUCAAGCACUCGUCUGGAUGGAGAUCGUAUUAGUGGUUUUCUUCGGAAUCGAAUACUUGGUCCGACUGUGGUCAGCCGGGUGCCGGAGCAAGUACGUCGGAUUCUGGGGGAGGCUUCGCUUUGCCAGGAAGCCCAUCUCCAUCAUCGACCUCAUCGUGGUGGUGGCUUCAAUCAUCGUACUCUGUGUCGGAUCGAAUGGGCAAGUCUUUGCAACGUCAGCCAUCAGAGGUAUCCGCUUCCUGCAGAUCCUCCGGAUGCUGCAUGUGGACCGUCAGGGUGGCACGUGGCGUCUCCUGGGAUCUGUCGUGUUUAUCCAUCGUCAGGAACUGAUCACCACGCUGUACAUCGGGUUCCUGGGCCUGAUCUUUUCCUCCUACUUUGUGUACCUGGUUGAGAAAGACGCAGUGAACGACAACGGGGAACAGCCCUUCGGGAGCUAUGCGGACGCCCUGUGGUGGGGGGUGGUCACAGUCACUACGAUCGGAUACGGUGAUAAGGUCCCUCAGACAUGGAUUGGCCGAACAAUCGCAUCCUGCUUCUCCGUUUUCGCAAUCUCGUUCUUCGCUCUUCCAGCAGGGAUCUUGGGUUCCGGUUUUGCUCUUAAAGUUCAGCAGAAACAGCGUCAGAAGCACUUUAACCGUCAGAUCCCGGCCGCUGCCUCCCUCAUUCAGACCUCGUGGCGAUGUUACGCAUCCGAGAACCACGAGUCAGCGACGUGGAAACUGUACGUCCGGCAACCGGUCAAGAUGUAUAUUGGCUCAUCCAGUCCCAAGCUGAAAAAAUCAGCGGUUAAAAGGAAGAAACUCAAGCCCGAGAAGGACAACGGGCCGACCUCGGAAAAGUCGCUGACGGUGCCGUACGUCACGUACGACCACGCCAUGGAGCUGGACGUUUGCAAACCAGAGACCUCCAACUCCGGGGCGUUCGAUUCAUCAGUGAAGAAGUCGCUGGGAAUGCUCGAUGCCAACACGGGAGCCAUCUCCAGAGCAAACAGCUUUGCUGACGAGCUUGACCAGAUCGAGGGAGAGCCCAUGCUGUACCCCAUCACCCACAUUUCACAGUUACAAGAGUCUCACCGUCUCGCCAUCAAGGUGAUCCGCAGGAUGCAGUAUUUUGUCGCCAAGAAAAAGUUUCAGCAAGCCCGCAAGCCCUACGAUGUCCGAGAUGUGAUUGAGCAGUAUUCCCAGGGCCACCUCGACCUGAUGGUGCGGAUCAAGGAACUGCAGAGAAGACUGGAGCAGUCGUUAGGAAAGCCGUCGAUGUUCCUGUCUGUCUCAGAAAAGAACCAAGAUCGGGGGAAGAACACGAUCGGAGCUCGACUGAGCCGAGUGGAGGAGAAGAUGGUGCACAUGGACCAGAAACUGAACAGCAUCAUGGACACACUAAGCCGUCUGGCUGCCGGUCAUCAGGCCCAAGGCCCGGCCCAACCACAAGCCAAUGCUCUGCAAGCCGCUUCUGGAUUGCACAACAACCUCCCCAGCUACGAGCAGCUGACCGUGCCUAGGAAUCGCCACAACAAAACAGCGUGACACCUGGGCUCCUUAACGUCCAUCGGUUUGCACCGUGCAAGGAAACACGAAGAGACGUCUCGGUUAUCUGGGGGGACACCGGCUGGUGAAGACAUGAGUUUGGAACUGCGUAAAACCUCCAAGGCUCAAACUCUUCUGGUAGCUAAAUGGAUGAGGACCUUGAAGAGCAUUAUACACCCAUUGAGGCUUAGGGUUUCUCUUGACCUCAGUGAACCUUUCCAAUUCUGGGUUUCGCAUCUCAGCAAACUAGCAGAGAAUGCGAUGGGUGCUGCCUCAGAACACCAGCCCCUUCAAGCCCCCUCCUCUGCCCCCCA